UACUGGAUGGGGACGAUGCGAGAGCAGACCAGCUUCCUCCUCCCUCCCAGUGGCUGCUUUGGGAUAUGACGUCACGUGUGCUCCUUUCGGUUUCUACAGCAACCCGCUUCCCUAAACCCCUCUUUUCUACCUCUCCUGGUAGCUUCCACAAUGGUACAGCCAGCAUCUUGCAGCACAAUGGUUGCAAGGCGCUAAGCGGACGGUGAUUCAGCAUCGCAGUCUCCGGUUUUUAAACCCCGUUUAUUUAACAUCGGCAUUCGCUUGUUGGUGCUUUUUCCCAUUUUAUCUAAAAAAGCAUCGUCUUUGCUGUAUACGGGGGUCUUGUAACUCGCCGGGAUGUUUUGAAGCGGACUGUCACAAGGCUUAGGACUGUCGUCAACUGGCACGGAAUGGUAUUUAUGAGCCGACAUUUCUUAUAUUACUGCAGUGAACCAAUCCUGGAUGUAAAGAUUGCCUUUUGUCAGGUGUGUGUUCCUUACAGGUAAAAAAAGGGAUUUGGAAAACAAGUGGAUGUGUCAUACAUCGCCAAGCAUUACAAUAUGAGCAAAAGCAAAGUGGACAACCAGUUCUACAGUGUCGAAGUUGGAGAUUCUACCUUCACAGUUCUCAAACGGUACCAGAAUCUAAAGCCUAUAGGUUCUGGAGCUCAGGGAAUCGUCUGUGCUGGGUACGAUGCUGUCCUUGACAGAAAUGUGGCCAUUAAGAAACUCAGCCGACCGUUUCAGAACCAGACCCACGCCAAGCGGGCGUACAGGGAGCUGGUGCUGAUGAAGUGUGUCAACCACAAAAACAUUAUCAGCUUAUUAAAUGUUUUUACACCACAGAAGUCUUUAGAGGAAUUCCAGGAUGUGUAUUUGGUCAUGGAACUAAUGGAUGCCAACCUGUGCCAGGUGAUUCAAAUGGAGCUGGACCACGAACGAAUGUCAUACUUACUCUACCAGAUGCUGUGUGGCAUCAAACAUCUGCAUUCCGCUGGGAUCAUUCACAGGGACCUGAAACCCAGCAAUAUAGUGGUUAAAUCGGACUGCACGCUUAAGAUCUUAGAUUUUGGCCUGGCACGAACCGCAGGAACCAGCUUCAUGAUGACCCCCUACGUCGUGACACGAUACUACAGGGCUCCAGAGGUCAUCCUGGGCAUGGGCUACAAAGAGAACGUGGAUAUAUGGUCUGUUGGGUGCAUUAUGGGAGAAAUGGUUCGCCACAAAAUCCUGUUUCCAGGAAGGGACUACAUUGACCAGUGGAACAAAGUGAUCGAGCAGCUCGGAACGCCGUCGCCGGAGUUCAUGAAGAAGCUGCAGCCUACAGUGCGGAAUUACGUGGAAAACCGGCCCAAGUACGCGGGCUUGGCGUUCCCUAAACUCUUCCCCGAUUGCCUCUUUCCUGCUGAUUCGGAGCACAACAAACUGAAGGCCAGUCAGGCCAGAGACCUGUUAUCAAAGAUGCUGAUCAUUGACCCUGCAAAGCGGAUAUCUGUGGACGAGGCCUUACAGCACCCCUAUAUCAACGUUUGGUAUGACCCGGCAGAGGUGGAGGCACCUCCUCCUCAGAUUUAUGACAAGCAGCUGGAUGAGAGAGAACACUCUAUCGAUGAGUGGAAAGAGCUCAUCUACAAAGAAGUGAUGAACUUUGAGGAGAAAACAAAAAAUGGUGUAGUGAAGGGACAGCCCUCUCCUUCAGGUGCAGCCAUGAAUAGCAGUGAGAGCCUCCCUCCUUCUUCCUCCUUCAAUGACAUCUCCUCCACGUCCACCGAUCAGACCCUGGCCUCCGACACUGACAGCAGCCUGGAGACUUCUGCAGGACCCCUUGGUUGUUGCAGGUGACUAGCCGCCUGCCUGCGUCACCCAAUGUUCUUCAGAAGGUAAAGUGCAUCAGAAAUCUAAACAAUGACGAAAAAGAUAAGGAAGCAGAAAAAAGAUCAAAUAAAAGCCUGCAUUUUCAUUCUAAGUACUACGUAAAAACACAUGCUGAAAUGUAUAUUUAUAAACUUAUAAUAGCUUUGCUUGUAUCUCCCUUCAUAUGGCAUUAAAGUUAGACAGACAUCAUUCUGUAUAGUGUAAAUUUACUGGUUGAUAAGCAACGCCCUGCAAGCUUUUUGUGCUAUGGUGUGUGUGUGGCAAGGUGGGUCUUUGUGUUAAUUAUUUAAAAAAACAAAACAGACAAAAAAAAUCCUCCCCUCGUUUCCCCAAAGUUAUAGUACUACUAAUUUCUAAUCUUACAGAUUGGAUCUAAGAACAGAUUGGCUUGCUUGUCUGUGAUUCUUCUGGGGAAUGCUUGUACAGUGCCCUUCUUAUUUUGUAUAUAUGUAAUUCUGCAUCUACAUCUGCAGGGCACACUGGGUGGGACUAACGGCCAGUAUGAGAACCUCUAGCACACCUUGCCGCAUAACCCCUUUGAUCUUUGUUUCCCUUUGCCUGUAGUUCUGCAUGAUUAUAAAAAUGCGAGUUAUGAGAAGUAAGUACAAAGAAUCUUGUUUAUAUACCAGUUAAGAAAAAAAGGGGGGAAAAAUGUAUCGAGCUGCGUCACAAACGCUGAAAUUGUAAAAUCGGAUGUGCGUUAGCUGCAGGAAGCGAAGGUGAAUUUACCGUCACUGUUGUCGCUGAGCUCAUUCCUUGGUUUAUAGCUUUUGGUUUUGUAACACGCAUUCCUCCACAUCACUGCACUGCUGCGCCGCAUGCCAUCGCAUUAUGACAUGAGGCAGAUGUGGCAUAUAUGCCUGUGGUUAGAAACAAAAGUGGUUUGGACGUCAGUCGUCCUCUGUGGAUAAAUGAGUGAUGAUAAAACUAAAUCAGGUCAAAAAAGUUUUGAAUCCAUCUCAUUUAUUUUUGUAGAUAUUAGUCUGUUGAAACGGAUACAAAUAGAGUAUACUGACUGCACACGACUAGAAUUCUAUUGAUACUUUUUUGUUGGUCUUAUUAUUUUUGUAUUUUGAAUUUGGCUAGUGCCUUUGAAAAUGUUCAUCCCAAAUACAAAGGCAACAUUGUAUGAAACACAAGACUUGAGCCUGAAACCAGAAAGUUGAAAUCACACAAGAGUCAUAUAUUAAACCUCCAUCAACUUCAACAAUGGCAAUUUACCUCUCUCUGCUGACAUUGGUACAUUCUGUGAAUUGAUACCCACACCUACAGAAUAGACAUAUACUACCUUUGCAUUUAAUCAUAGUAUUUUAAGUCUUAGUGUAGACUAUUCCAUCAGCAUCUAAGUACACUCUCUGUUUGUGUUUAUCAUAAUCUUAUGUAUAAUAAUGGGUAAUAGUCAUAAUCGAAAUGUGUAAGUUAUUUAAUUUGGGGUCUUGGUAGUAUACUUCAGUUGUAUGAUUUCAGAUAUAUAGAUAUAAUUUAUGGGCAUUUUAUGAGUGUACUAUUGAACAUUUUUAAUAAAGGGAUGAAAACACUUAUUCCAAAUGGAUCUUGUUUUGGAUUUCUGCUGAACACUGAAAUUAACGACAUACUGAUUCUUGGAAGCUCUGUGCAGAGUGAGGCUUUCUACUGUCAUUGAUUUGUUGUUUUUUUUGUCAUAUUCCACUUCAUGUUUAAUGUUUUUUUUUAAAAUAUAAUUUCUCAUAGUGAAUGAAUGUUUAUGUUAUUAGUGUCUUUUCUUACAUCAAAAAUGCAAUUCAGCCCAGUUAUUUAUUGUAGUUAGUUUUUGAAUCUAAAUCAGAUAGAGAGACUUAAUUUGGUUCAGUUUGUGAUAUGUUCUUGAUUAGAAAGGAUCAUUAUCAGAUAAUUACAGAUAUGUCACCCUGUACUGGAUAGAUAGUUUGGGAGAGGUUUCUCAGUUGCAGUUGGGCUGAUUAUCUUUUAAAAAUUACCAUUUUUAUGCCAUAUUGUUGAUCAGUUUCAUGAUAGUUCAGUCUUUUUCACUGCAUAUUGAUUAUGUCUAUUUCGGGAACGUCUCAGAGUUCCCUGACAUGAAAUAAUCCUAAAAGGAAAUGAUUCGCUGCUCAGAACUUCAUCAGAAUGUGAUGCUUUUAAAACUCAUCUGGAAAUAUAGAAUGAAAAUAUCAUUAAAGGAUUAGAUGUGGUUUGGGAACAUAGAUUUCUGACUUACAUGGUGCAAAAGAAGAUUUUUUUGUUUUGUCUUUUUGUUUGUUGGCUUUUUUGACAAUCAAGUUAGAGUAUUGUAGUCCUGAGCAAAAAUACAUGAACUUGUUUCUGUCGUACAAAAUUCAGCAUUUUUGGCUGUAUAUAAUACACAUUUACACUCUUCUGCUGGAUUCAAAAUUUCUAAUCAUUUUUACCUUUAUUGGAAUUAGUAAGCAUCACAUAUGUGAAUUAAUAACAUUUUCACUAGUGACAAUCACAGGUAGGCACUAAAAAAGUGAAAUAAAAUGAAAAAAUGCGAUCAGUUAUACAUAAAGAAAUCUUUAGCUUGAUAUAAUCAGAGAAGCUCUUACUCAAAUUGUUGCAGCCCCACAAAAUGAGCUGACACAGAAUUAAUAUUUGAUUGAUAUGUAAUUUCCCAACACAAGUUUUUUUUCCCCGAGCACAUCAUUUCUGUUUCUAACCAGUUGGAUGAUUAAGUUAAUAAUGUGAUUAUGAUGCUCACAAUGAAUAAUUCUGAUAUAAUAGUAUAUUUCUAUUUACAUAAAUUCAGGCAAGGGGCAGUCAGUGCUGAUGGGUUGGUCAGGUGGACAGCUCAGGUUCUUUGCUCAUGUGUUCCGCUUUAUCAUUUCAGACCUGCUUUUAAAGUAACUGUCCAUUACCUUCUAUAGCAAUUUUGCAUGGAAAACAGCUGAAACAUUGUAUAACUUUACAACGACAAUGUAGAUAAUAUUUUCAUAAUUCAAAAGAAACACUAACAGAAGGAUUACAGUAUACGGAGAGUCAUACAUAACCAUGGUCCUUACAAAAUGAGGGAAAUUCGUUACAACCAAUGUAACUAAUAUAGUACAAAAUACAGACGGUCAAUGUUUGAAAGAACAAUCAGGGGUCAAUCAGAAGUUCCAAAGAGCUGACAGGCCUUUAUCUGUAGGAACUGGAAGAGAUCUUGAAAGAGGGAUAAGGUCAUCACACAUUUAAAUGUUGUUAUCAUUUCAUUUUGAUUAUGUGUGAUUACUGUCAUUGAUUUAAGUUAGAACUGAAAUUCACUGUUGAGUGUAAUGUGCUGUUGUGUAUUUUAUACGGAAAGUUUUUAACUGGUAGAAUACGCAUCUCAAGAAAGUACAGAUUACAUUAUGAGGUUUCAACCUUUUAGCAACAUUGCUAAGUAUAUGGGGACUGUUUUACAAUAUGGAAGGUUGUUUUUUUUUCUUUUCUUAAAAAUAUAUUUUCCAGAUGUUUUCCCUAACGUUAACUGAAGUGCUUUUGGAAAAUGUGUUUUUUAGAUUAAAAUUCCUUAUCAGAUAAUUCACACUUCACAUGCAUAAUUAAAGUGGAGUUCAGACCAUCUUUAACCCAAACCAGCAUUCUACAAAACAGACAUCCCAAGGAAUGAAAUUUGAUGCCGUGUAUUAUAAUAACCAAGGCAAAUGUCUGUAAAGCCCUUGGCUAAUUAUAUAUUUUUGUGUGUAUGUUCAUCUGUGUUUUCGACAAUUGAAAUUGUAACUUUUGAGUUCCUUAACUCAUUUGAAAAAGUUCACUUUUAAAUGUUCAUAAGUACUGUUGUCCAAAUUUAUUGUAGUUGUUUACAACAGUACGGAAAUACUGCAGCCCGAUAGCGGGAAUAAAAAAGACAUGCAGUAACCUAAUUUUGACAUUAGAUUGAGAAACCUAUUGUUGUGUAAUUUAAGCACCACAAAUUGAAAAUAAAAGCUCGACCAGGAAGCACCCAGGAGUGGCCUUAAGUGUGAAACAAAUCACAUUCUUUUACUAGCCUGGUUAGUAAUUCAUAGCAAAAUCAUAUGUACUUGUGUACUUUAAGACAGCCAGUUCAAUCAUAAGUAUACUAUAGAAAGCUCUUGUUUGUAUUGCUUGAAUUAUAAUCCCGAACAUUUUGUAUAUAGUUCUCACUAAAUAAAUGAAUUUAAGAUCACAUCAGAGAUCCUAUGUCAAACCUCAACAUCAAAGCAUUUUUAACUGGCAGGAUUGAUUUAGUGUAAACAAGGCCAUUCUCUCUAUACUCACCAUACAGCAAUAUAUGAAGGACUAGUUACAAGAAUUAAUUUCUUUCAAAAAUACACAAAGGUGCAAUAAAAUUCUUUAACAGGGGGUAAACCAAUUUUUUUCUCUCAGAGAAAAUAAAUGUUAACAAUAGUGUCAAAUUAUGUUGAUUUUUUUUCCUGUUCUUUUUUUCACUCUGCUCAUUUUGUAUUGUGGAAAGGCCAUUCUGUUAAUGUUACAUUGAAAUCUCUGUCCGUGGUUCAUGCCACAAUGCUUUGUCAAGUCUGAUGGUAGUCAGAUAUUCAGCUCCAGGCGAGUGUUUGGAUCCCAUAACUAAAUGGAAGAAAAUAAAUAGCUAAAAACAACAACUGAAAACUGUUAUACACUCAAAAUUUUGAAGGUACUGUAUAAGUAAAUUAAAUAUAUGUCUGUGACUGAAAAAUAAACAAAAUCUUUGACCUUG